CGCGUCGCGCAGGCGCAGUAGGCGCGGACGCUGUCGGAAGCCGGGGUGCUGCGUGGGGCGCUCCCCUCUGAUUCUGAUCUGUUCGGACCCCGCUCGCUGGCGCGGGACCUGGCCGCCUGGGCUCGGAAUGGAGGCCCCCGCGGAGCCCGGGGUCCGCACCUGGAUCGGCAGCGACUCCCCGCGCCCGGGCAGCCCGACUUGCAGCCCCGAUCCGGAUUCCAGCCCCGGGCACAGCUUCCGGAAGGUGACCCUUACCAAGCCCACCUUCUGCCACCUCUGCUCCGACUUCAUCUGGGGCCUGGCUGGCUUCCUCUGCGACGUCUGCAACUUUAUGUCCCACGAGAAGUGCCUGCGGCGUGUGAACACCCCCUGUGCCAGCCUGGCGCCGCGCUGGGUCCACAUCCCCGUGGCCCACUGCUUCGGGCCUCCCCGCCUCUGCAAGCGCAGGUUCUGCAGUGUCUGCCGCAAGGGGCUGGAGGUGCCUGCGCUGAGCUGCCAGGUGUGUGAGCUGCACGUGCACGUGGAGUGUGUGCCUUUCGCCUGCAGCGACUGUCGCCGGUGUCACCAGGACGGACACCAGGACCAGGACGCACUCCUGCAUCACUGGUGGGAGGGGAACCUGGCUCCUGGCACUCGCUGCGAGGUCUGCAGGAGGACGUGCGGCUCCUCAGACGUGCUGACCGGCAUGUGCUGUGGCUGGUGCGGCGUGCAGGUGCACUCCCCCUGCCGCGGGGCGCUGCCCGCCAAGUGUCAGCUGGGCCGCCUGCACUCGCUGCUCCUGCCCCCUACCUGCGUGCGGCUGUGCGCCCCCAGCGUCCCCCCCAGACGGGGCUUCCGCAUCUCCCAGGACACCGCGCAGGGAGACGGGCAGGAGACCGAGCGGUCAGGCACUGCAGAGUCCAGCAAGGACCUGCCACCUCCAGAAACGGGCAAACAGACCCUGAAGGUCUUUGAUGGGACAGACGCUGUGGGGCGGGGCCACUUCCUGGCGGUCACUGUGCCCUGCUCAGCUGGGGGGGACGAGGUGCUGGGGGCGGCUCUGCGGGCCCACUACCUGCCGGGGGACCUUCAGGACUUCGAGCUACGAGCACUGCCACCCAAGGCAAGGGGUCCUGGGGACCACCCAGGUGGGGGUGUGGGGGACAGGGACAGUCCCCAGGCCUGGGUCCUUUGUGCCCGGCCCCAACCACAGGAGGAGCUGAGCGUCCACCCUGCCUGGCCCAGGGCGGGUGUGACCUCUGUGUCCGUCCAAGUGACCCCACUGACCACCUCCCAGGCUGUGGUGCUGGAAACUCUACGUUUGCUGGGCCUCCAGGCUGAGGGUCCUGAGAGCUUCCAGCUGGUGGCAGUGACCAUGGGCAGCCGGCAUGUCAAGUGGAUGCCCUUGGAGGACACGGAGCCUGUUCUCACCUGGCUUCAAAACACCCGGCAGGCGUCGCUGUGGCGGGCAGCCCAGACCCGCUUCUACGUGUCCGAGCGCAGGCCACAAGCCCAGCACGUCUCCCUGUUUGUUGGGGGUCUGCCGUCUGGCCUGACUCCCCAGGAGUACCGGAAACUGCUGGAUGAGGCCCUGGCCAUCAAAGCUGAACUGGUGUCCCUGAGCCAUGUGUACCCCGCCCACGGUGCUGUGGUGCUGGAGGUAACCUGCUUCACAGAGGCUGAGCGGCUGUGCACGCUGGCCAGGGACACAGCUGUGCAGGGACGCCCCCUGACCACCCUGCUCCUCCCAGAAAUACUGCACUGGAAGCUGCCCCCCGACUGCCGGCCUCUCCUGGUCUUCGUGAACCCCAAGAGCGGAGGCCUGCAGGGCGCCGACCUGCUGUGCAGCUUCCGGAAACUGCUGAACCCCCACCAGGUGUUCCAGCUGACCAGUGGAGGACCCCUGCCCGGGCUGCACCUCUUCUCCCAGGUGCCCUGCUUCCGGGUGCUGGUAUGCGGGGGUGACGGCACCGUGGGCUGGGUGCUCAGCGCCCUGGAGGAGCUGCGGCCACAGCGUGCCUGCCCUGACCCCUGCGUGGCCGUCCUGCCCCUGGGCACAGGCAAUGACCUGGGCCGCGUGUUGCGCUGGGGGUCCGGCUACAGUGGGGAGGAUCCGCUCACCCUGUUGCUGGCAGUGGACGAGGCCGAUGCUGUGCUCCUGGACCGGUGGACCAUCCUGCUGGACGCUCAGUCCAAUGGGGCUGAGGACGUGGAGCCCCCCAGGCUUGUGCAGAUGAGCAACUACUGUGGGAUCGGCAUCGACGCAGAGCUGAGCCUGGACUUCCACCAGGCUCGGGAGGAAGAACCCAGCAGGUUUUCCAGCAGGCUGCACAACAAGGGGGUAUACGUGCGGGCAGGCCUGCAGAAGAUGAGCCGCCCCCGGGCCCUGCACAGGGAGCUGCGCCUGCAGGUGGGCCGCCAGGAGGUGGCACUACCCAGCCUCGAGGGCCUCAUCUUCAUCAACAUCCCCAGCUGGGGCUCAGGUGCCGACCUGUGGGGCCCUGACAGCGACUCGAGGUUUGAGAAGCCGCGCAUGGACGACGGGCUGCUGGAGGUGGUGGGGGUGACAGGUGUCAUGCACAUGGGCCAGGUCCAGGGUCGGCUGCGCUCGGGCAUCCGCAUCGCCCAAGGCUGCUACUUCCGCGUCACGCUGCUCAAGCCCACACCCGUGCAGGUGGACGGCGAGCCCUGGGUGCAGGCCCCCGGCCACAUGAUCAUCGCGGCCGCGGGCCCCAAGGUCCACAUGUUGCAGAAGGCCAGGCAGAAGCCCAGGAAGGCGACAGCUCCCGGGGACAGGAUAGCCGACGGGGUGCCGGCCCCAGGCCAAGGGGGGCCUUGAGGCAGCGGGUUGGCCCUGCCCCCGGCCGACGG